AUGUCACCGAUGCUGCCACACACAUCAACAUCAUCAUCAUCGAUCGUGAUCUCCAUUUUCAAAUUGAGAGCACAGACGGAGCUCGCAAAAGUCAAGAACAGGGUCGUUUUCUCUUCAUUAUCGAUCGUUGUCAGUUCACCUGACGAUGCCCCUGUCGCUAAAUAUCCAACAUUUCCAGUUCAAUCAGAUUCUUGA